UCGGCGGGCCGGGCGCUCAUCCGCAGCCCAAGCAUUGCCAAGCAGACGUGGGGAGGCGGCGGGCGGCACCGGAAGUUACCUGAGAACUGGACGGACACCAGGGAGACCCUGCUGGAGGGGAUGCUGUUCAAUCUCAAGUACCUGGGCAUGACCCUGGUGGAACAGCCCAAAGGGGAGGAGCUCUCAGCGGCCGCUGUGAAGCGAAUUGUGGCCACGGCCAAAGCUAGCGGGAAGAAGCUCCGGAAAGUGACCCUCCAAGUCUCCCCCAGGGGCAUCAUCUUACAUGACAGUGGGACCAAUGAGCUGAUUGAGAACGUUUCCAUCUACAGGAUCUCCUACUGCACGGCAGACAAGAUGCACGACAAGGUUUUUGCUUACAUCGCGCAGAGCCAGCAGAGCGAGAGUCUCGAGUGCCACGCGUUUCUCUGCUCCAAGAGGAAGAUGGCACAGGCAGUCACCCUCACCGUGGCCCAGGCAUUCAAAGUCGCCUUUGAGUUCUGGCAGGUGUCCAAGGAAGAGAAGGAGAAGCGAGAGAAGGCAAACUUAGAAGAAGUCGCCUGUGGGGCUCGGCUGGAUGCUUCCCCUUCCCUGAAAGGCCCAGUCACCACUGGAAACCUGUUGGACCUGGAGGAAACAGCCAAAGCGCCCCUGUCCACCGUGAGUGCCAAUGCCACCAACCUGGACGAGGUGGGGAAGCCUGAACCCCUCGCCAAUAACAACAUGGUCUGGGAGCUCGAUGAUGGCCUCGAUGAAGCCUUCUCAAGGCUGGCCCAAUCACGGACGAAUCCCCAGGUCCUGGACAUUGGGCUGACGGCCCAGGACAUCCAGUAUGACCAGUGCCUCUCGCCUGUGGACUGGGACAAACCCGACUCGGGCACCUCCGAGCAGGAUGACCUCUUUGGCUUCUGAGUGUCCAUCCUCGGGCCACGACGGCGAGGCCAGCAACCACUACGCAAACGGACCAAAGCCAUCUUCCUGGGGACGGGAAGGAGCGGGUCCCCUCAUCCUCAGAACGUUGGCGGCCCCGUCAACCACUAGACCAAAGCCAAAGGCGACAAUGCAGCUCUUAUUUUUUUAUCCUGCCUUUCCCCCCCCCCCCCGCUUUAAAGACUCUAGGAUGCUUCGAGCCUAUUUAUUCAGUGGACUCCCACUCGGACACGAGCAGUGCUGGCAUCUCCUCCCUCUGUAACGUGUACAGUAUUAUCACGAGCCUUCUGGCCCCUCUCCACGGGGAGGCCAGCUUCUCUCUCACCUCUUCUCCCUCCACGACUCAUUCCUCCCCCAAAGAGCCGCCGUGGGGGUCUCCUCCCGUUCUCCUAUGGAGAGGAGGGGAGCAGGAGGCCAGCAUAUGGCCCGUCCAGCCAUCCUGGAGCGUGAGCCCCUCUCAUCCAAAGACUCCACAGCUUUGCACUUUAAGAAAUGAACCCAAAGCCAGGUCUGAAGAUGGCCGAAGGAAGGUGCUGCGUCUAUAGCUAGCUUUGAGUUUCCAUCCUCAGCUCCUGCAGGACAGAUUAGGGUUUAGACCCCUUGUAGCAGCUAACCUAGAACCGAGAGAGGCGUCACACACUCGUCAUGACCCUGAACCAAGUCCUUUUGCCACCCUGGGCCUCAGUUUCCUCUUUCAGCAAAGAAGGAGCAGCUUGGAUUUCCAACACGAGCAGCCUGUGAUUCUGCCUUAUUUGUGGACCUCUGUCAUGCUGUGCCAUCGCAUAGAUGAGAUCUGUCCUGUGACUGUCUUUGGACCUGGGCUUCUGUCAGACUCUUGAGGCUCAGAAAAGCAGCCUUUCCUGGGAUUUGUGCACUAACAUUGCCCCGCUGUCCGGCUGGGUUUCUGGGGGGCUUUUUUCUCAGUUCUUUGUGGCGGGGAAGUCGCUGGUGUGAAAUUGGUUCCAGUGGUCUUGGCCAGGUCCUGCCUCUUCUCUCUUUGCCUCUUCAACAAAAGAGCUCACCUGGUUUGGGUUUUUAACCAAAAAAUACUUAGUACCCAGCCACCGUGCCUUUGCAGCCUGGGGAGCCAGGGAAGGCCUCUGGGGUCUACGUUUUCCUUUCAGAACUUAGCAUUCAUAGAGUUUAAGCCCUGCUCAUUAAGCCCGAUAGUCCAGGACCUUGUUCUUAGGAGCCUUGUUCCGACCCUGGUUGGCUGAAACAGAACGCUUAUGAACCUUGUCAUUUGGCUUGAAAAUAUUUACUUGCUUUGUGGCCUUGAA